CGUUGGAAUGGCAAAACGCGCCGCCGCCCUGCACAUUGUCACCGCCACGCCCAAAAUUCCAAAACGAAAUCACUAUUAACGUCACAGAACAGUGCCUAAACAGCUAAAGAGUAUUGUACUCUUAGCUUCAUCACCUCUUCAAUAAUUUCAAUGACAUUUCAUGUUCAUUCACACUAACAAAUGGAUAUAGCUAUAUUCUCUCCAUCAAGCCUCUUUGGUGAAGAUGACAGCCCUACUUGUGAGGAAGAUGCAGACUCACAGGAAAGCUAUGUUGAGAGGAAGCACCAGUUUCCUGGGAUGGAGUUGAUUGUCCGAGAAUUUUCCUUUCAUCAACUGAAUGCUAAUUUACUCUGGCCAGGGACGUUUUCAUUUUCACAAUGGUUAGUUCAGCACAGAUCAUGCAUUGAAGGAAGGCGUGCUAUUGAGUUGGGGAGUGGCACAGGAGCUUUGGCCAUAUUUCUUCGAAAAUCAUACAAUCUUGAUAUUACAACUUCCGACUAUGAUGACAAUGAAAUAGAGAACAACAUAGCUCACAACUGCCAGGCAAAUGAAAUACCUAUCAUUCCUCACAUAAAACAUACCUGGGGAGACAAGUUUCCAAAUUCUGACCCUGACUGGGACCUGAUCAUUGCAAGUGAUAUCUUAUUAUAUGUAAAGCAGUAUGAAAAUUUGAUACAGACCAUUUCCUUUCUUCUCAAAUGUUACAAGCCCCAGCUUAGCAGAGCGGUUUCUCCAACUGGAAAUGAUGAGAGUGAUGGAGAUGUAGUGUUGCCGCAGCCAGCCUUUUUGAUGAGCUGGAGACGCAGAAUUGGGAAGGAAGAUGAAUCUCUUUUCUUCAAUGGUUGUGAAAAAGCUGGUCUAAAGGUGAAGCAUAUUGGAUCACGUGUAUAUUGCAUCAACCCCAUAGAAAAUGAGAUAUCAGAAACAAAGUCUUGAUUAAUUAAAUUAGUAUUCAAGCAUAUCUGGGAGGAGAAUGCAGUGUAAACUAGAAAGUUGGCUCAUUAAUACAAUUUUUCUUGUUAUAGUUAUAGCUUCUAAAGAUUAAUUUGAAGCUCCUAGGUGAUAACACUGAUACCUACUUACUACAUAUGUUUUCAUCAAUUUUCAUCGAUUUGAGCAGAGAGUAA